AUGAUAGGUGAGUUUGAACGUCCUCUCGUCAUAGGUAAGGCAAAACGACCGCGAGCUUUCAAAAAAUUAGACGUAAAUAAAUUUCCCGUUGACUGGUGUUGGAAUAAAAAGGCCUGGAUGACGACACAGAUUAUGACAGACUGGCUUAUGAAAUUCGAUAAAAAAAUGAUUAAAAGUCAAAGAAAAGUACUACUUUUUGUCGACAAUGCAGCUCCUCAUCCCCAUCUUAAACUGCAAAAUGUCGAGCUAGUGUUUUUUCCCCCAAAUAUGACGUCUCACUGCCAACCUUUGGACCAGGGCAUAAUUCAACAAUUUAAAAAGCUCUAUCGUAAGCAACUGUUACAAAAAGCAAUUGCUGAUUUGGAUGCUGGAGAAUCUAGCGCUAUAAAUGUUUUGGAUGCUGUGUAUUGGGUGGCUUCUGCUCAAGCCCAAAUAAAGUCUAAAACUGUAAAAAAAUGCUUCUUGCGAUGUGGUUUCAGUCACCAAGGCGAUGAACAAUUAGGACAAACAAUUGAUAAGUGA